AUGGCGUCGUGGAAUUCAUUUCCCCUGGAAAUCACUUACCAAACACUGGGCUGGCUCGCUUUCGUCUCAUGGUCCAUCAGUUUCUACCCACAGGUCAUCUUGAAUUUCCGCCGCAAGAGUGUGGUGGGGCUGAGCUUGGAUUUCCUGCUGUUGAAUUUGACCAAGCACUCUUCGUAUUUGAUAUACAACACUGUGCUCUACUUCAGCCCUGCUGCCCAGCAGCAGUACUUCGAGAAGUAUGGCCAUGAACAGAUGAUACCAGUUGCUGCGAAUGAUGUUGCUUUCUCCAUACACGCCGUUGUAUUGACUGCAAUCACGCUGUUCCAAGUCUUCAUCUAUGAACGAGGAACUCAGACAAUCUCCAAGAUCUCGAUAGGAAUAGUCAGUGUAGUAUGGCUAUUCGCUGCAGUCUGUGUCUUCGUUGCUUUACCUAGCCAUUCUUGGCUAUGGCUCAUCUCCAUCUUUAACUUCAUUCAAGUCUCCAUGACGGUGAUCAAGUAUAUCCCACAGGCAGUAAUGAACUUCAUGAGGAAAAGCACUGAGGGGUUCAGCAUCGGCAACAUUCUGCUUGAUUUCACCGGUGGUGUUGCCAAUUACGGACAAAUGGCUACACAAUCGAUCGACCAAAAUUCUUGGGUGAACUUUUAUGGCAACAUAGGGAAGACAUUGCUCUCUUUGGUUUCAAUUUUCUUCGACAUUUUGUUUAUGGUCCAACAUUACAUUCUUUAUCGACCGAAGAAAACGAGUGGUAUCAAUGGGAAGGCGACGGACAAAGGGAACAACGAUCCACUUAUCGAUUCUUCUCAUGAUCAUCAGCCACAAGCUUCAAAUGUUUGA